AAAGGGGCGAGUGACCUUCCCGGCUCGGCCGUGUCCGGCGGGGCGCAAGGGGUAGAAAGGCUCGGCAGGUCCCCCGUGCAGGAGAAAGUGGAAUGGCGUUGGCCCCGUGCUCUAGAUCAUCUCUUCUCUGGAGUCAGUUGGAAGCCCCUGUGAUGCCACCUGCUCAGGGUCUCGUGACGUUUGAGGAGGUGGCUGUGUAUUUCUCCGAGGAGGAGUGGACCCUGCUGGAUGCGGACCAAAGGGAGCUGCACAGAGAAGUCAUGGAGGAGAAUUACAGGAUUGUUGCUUUCGUAGCUGGAAAUGGACAGAGCAGUGAAGAUUCAGGGAAGUUCUCUGGGAUGUCUGUGGAAAUUAUCAAGAAAGAAGUGGAGGAAAAGGACCCAGAGGAGUGGAGGAGGCAAGGAGAAAAUCCAAGAAUCAUACAUGAAAUUCCAGCUCAGAGAACAUAUGUUGAAGAGAAGCCAUCUGAGGGUUUGAUGUGUGGAAACCAACUCAGUCAGAACGCAAACCUUAUUUCUCAUCAGAAAACCCAUAUAGGGGAGAAAGAACUCAAGUGUGUAGAAUUUGGAAAGGGUUUCGGUCAAAGUAUGCCCCAAACUUCACUUCAAUCAAUUUGCACCACAAAAAAGCCACGUAAAUGCCUGGAAUGUGGGAAAAGCUUCAGUCGGAGCACAAACCUUACUAAACACCUAAGAACUCACACAGGAGAAAAACCCUUUAAAUGUCUGGAGUGUGGGAAAAGCUUCAGUCAGAGCUCAAACCUAAUUUCCCAUCAAAUAAUUCACACAGGGGAAAAGCCAUUUCAGUGCCUGGAAUGUGGAAAGAGCUUCAGUCAAAGCACAAACCUUAAUAAGCAUGGAAGAGUUCACACGGGGAAGAAACCUUUUAAAUGCCUAGAAUGUGGGAAGACCUUUAGUCAGAGUUCAGACCUUAUUUCUCAUCGAAGAAUCCACACAGGGGAGAAGCCAUUUAAAUGUCUUGAGUGUGGGAUGAGCUUCAUUCAGAGCACAGCCCUUACGAAACAUGAGAAAAUUCACACAGGGGAGAAACCAUAUGCCUGUCUAGUGUGUGGCAAGAGCUUCAGCUGGAGAAAAAACCUUACUUCACAUCAGAGGAUCCACACAGGAGAGAAACCCUAUAAGUGCCUGGUGUGUGGGAAGGGCUUCCAUCAGAGCACUAAUCUUAAUAAGCAUGAACGAAUUCACACAGGAGAGAGACCUUAUAAAUGCCUAGAAUGUGGAAAAACUUUUACUGUAAGCACAAGCCUUACUUCACAUCAAAGAAUACACACAGGAGAGAAACUAUAUAAAUGCCUGGAGUGUGGAAAGAGCUUCACUCGAAGUUCCAACCUUAACCAACAUGAAAGAAUUCACACAGGGGAGAAACCAUAUGCAUGCCUGGAGUGUGGAAAACGCUUCAGUUGCAGCGCAUACCUUACAGUGCAUCGAAGAAUUCACACACGGGAAAACCGUAUCGGUCCUUGGAAUGUGGAAAAGGUUUUGGUCAGUACUCAGCCCUUGUUUCCCAUCAGUAUGUUCACACAGGGGGAGACUGUAUAAGAUUCCUGAGUUGUGAGAAGCAAUUCAGUAAGAGAAAAAAACCUCAGUUCCAUCUGAGAAUUAUCAUGGAACAGACACUAUACAUUC